AAGUACAAAGAUUCUAGGGGAAAAUCAACGAGCACACGAGAGAAAACACAGCCCGAAAUUCGCUAUCCACACCCAACAAAAAUCCCACAGUAUUGGAUCACUCUCUUUCUCUCUCACCUCCGUCUCUCUCUAGACUCCCAAUCCGCACCCACCACCAUGUCCGGCCUCCUCCGGUGGAGGCGCCUCGCCGGCGCCGCCACGCGCGCCGCCUCCACCCUCACCGCCGCUGAGUGCUCCCCCGCCGGCUCCGCGGCCGUCACCGUCUCCCCUCCGCCGCACCGGCGCCUCCAGGAGCGGCGCAAGUGGGAGUCCUCCUCCUCCGGGAGCAGCUCGUCGUCGUCCUCCACCGAUGAGCCCGAGCCGCGCCACAUCCGCGCGGAGGCCCACUGCCCGCGCUGCUCCAAGCACAUGGGCAUCCUCUUCUCCCACCGCACCCCACCCCCCUCCGCGCCCGCCGGGGCCGGCGGGUACCAGGCGCUCAACCUCUGCCCUAACUGCCGCACUGCCUACUUCUUCCGCCCCCACCUCCUCGCGCCGCUCCAGGGCACCUUCGUCGAGAUCGGCCGCGUCCGGGCCGACCUCCUCGACCACCCCGCCACGAGGGCCAGGGACCCUUCCUUCUGGGAGGCCAUCCGGGCGAGCUCCUCGUCGCGCGACGACGGGGACGGCGGUGGCGUGGCCGUGCACGUGCCGCCCGGCCCGCCGUUCCACCCCAACCUUAACGUCGUCCGCGUCGCCGGCGGAGGAGGCGGUGGGGGCGGUGGUGGUGAGGAGGGAGCGGGGAAGGAGGGGUGGGGCGGUCCGAAUCUUGGAAAGGAUCUGCCCACGCCCAAAGAGAUUUGUAAGGGGCUCGACAAGUAUGUGAUUGGGCAGGACAGAGCCAAGAAGGUGUUAUCUGUUGCAGUGUACAACCACUAUAAACGGAUAUACCAUCAAUCUUCACAAAAGGGCUCAAAAAUUAGGUCUGGAGCAGAUUUGGAUGGUUUUGUUGGGGAAGCUGAUGAUGAUAACAAUAUAGAACUAGAUAAAAGCAAUGUACUGUUAAUGGGACCUACUGGCUCAGGUAAAACUUUACUUGCGAAGACAUUAGCUCGCUUUGUGAAUGUACCAUUUGUAAUUGCUGAUGCAACGACAUUGACCCAGGCAAGGUAUGUAGGAGAGGAUGUAGAAUCUAUAUUAUACAAGUUACUUACGGUGGCGGAUUUUAAUGUGCAAGCAGCACAGCAAGGGAUGGUGUACAUAGAUGAAGUUGAUAAGAUCACAAAGAAGGCUGAGAGCCUUAACAUUAGUAGAGAUGUAUCAGGUGAAGGUGUUCAACAGGCGUUGCUAAAAAUGCUGGAAGGCACGAUAGUAAACGUCCCUGAGAAAGGAGCAAGGAAGCAUCCUCGUGGUGAUAAUAUACAGAUAGAUACGAAGGAUAUUCUUUUUAUAUGUGGUGGUGCUUUUGUGGACUUGGAGAAAACUAUAUCAGAGAGACGGCAGGAUUCUUCUAUUGGCUUUGGGGCACCAGUCCGUGCAAACAUGAGGGCUGGUGGUAUUUCAAGUGCUCAAGUGACAUCGUCCUUGUUGGAAUCAGUUGAGAGUGGUGAUCUAAUAGCGUAUGGACUUAUCCCAGAGUUUAUUGGACGUUUUCCUGUCCUUGUGAGCUUGGCGGCUCUAAAUGAGGACCAGCUUGUUCAGGUUCUGAUGGAGCCAAAGAACGCACUGGGUAAACAAUUCAGGAAAUUGUUUAGCAUGAAUAAUGUUAAGCUUCAUUUUACAGAUGGUGCACUUAGAAUAAUUGCCAAAAAGGCAAUGUCCAAAAAUACGGGUGCACGGGGUUUAAGAACUAUCCUUGAGAAUAUUCUCAUGGAUUCCAUGUAUGAGAUCCCAGAUGCAAAAUCUGGGGAGAAGCGAAUCGAUGCAGUGGUUGUAGAUGAAGAUGCAGUCGGAUCAGUGGACCGACCUGGCUGCGGAGCUAAGAUCCUUUACGGUGAUGGUGCUUUGGAUCGAUAUCUCUUCGAGAUGAAGGCAUUGGGAGAUGGAGCAGGAAGCGAAGUGGAUGGAGAAGCUGAGCUUUCCUCGUCGAGAGCCAUAGGCAUGUGAUUCUUGAUUCUGACAGCUCUAGUGUAACCUGUAAAAUCUAAUCCCAGUUGUAUCAAUGUAAGUACUAGCCUUGUAAAUGAAACAGAAUGUGCAGCGUCCUUGUGCUAUUUCAAGCCCCAGCACACCCUGCCCGGCCGCUCUCAGGGCUUGCAUAAUUCGCAGCAGGAUUUGGAAGAGUAUAGCCGAGCAGGUUCAGUAUCUAUGUUUGUCGUACAGACUGUCAUAAUAUAUUACAUAAUGCUCAAGAAUUGUAAUAGCUGCUGGAUGUUAGAACUUCAAACAAUGGAAAUGCAAGAAGCGAAAGGGGGCAAGGAUGCGCAAAA